UGGGGCACAGAGUGGAGUGUUUCUGCCUUGUCGCGGAGGAAAGAUGGCCUUUUGGGACAAGAUGGCCCGGUAUAGGGACGAGGUUCCGUGCCCCCCUCAUUAUAACCCCAAGCUCCAGUCAACAGGUGACACUAACUGGGAUUCCUACGCUACCACGAUGAAGACAGCAUUCACACCUAAAAGAGGGAUGGUGCCCGCUUUAAUACGCCCAAGGAGCACCAGAAGAUUAGGAUAUACUUUCUCGCUUAGUGAUCCUAUGCUGAAUGAGACACAGUACCACGAUGAGUAUACUUGGAAAUUGCGUUCUAAAGAAAAUAUGGUAAAGACCGGGACCUCAAGAGGAGUAAGGGCCCACAAUGCUCAUCUUGGUCAAGAAUUCUUUCAAUGGACACACCCUAAAGGGAAAAAGAACCACCAACUCCCUUGGAUAGAACCUCCUUCCAUUGAGAGAGUACAGAAUGCAGUAGCCAAUCAGUUCAUCUCCCAUACCAAGAGAGAUUUCGUGGACCUGACUCAAGCUAAGAAGACCAUGAAAAGUUUGCCAAGCUUCCGGGACUGGAAAUCGUUCCUUCCCCGGCCUCUGGACACUGAAUUUCGAUGUAAUUACCAAAUUCCAGCUAAGAUUCCCGAAUUGAAAGAUUUUAGUUUCAAAUAUGGAUGCUACUCAACCCUGCCUGUUGCCUCCCAGGGUCUAGUGCCCUCUGUGCUGCGUAGCUAUAUUCGGAACCAGGAACGCACAAAGAAGCAGACCACGUAUGAGAGCGACUACGGGAAAGCUUGCCUGGACUUCUUGACGAUCUUAGACUCAUUCACGCCCUCCCAAAUCCGCGAGUACCUGAAAAGUGUUUCCUACAAAGACCGACAAAUUCUCGAGCGCUUUAUCCAUUCUCACUGUGGCAUUGAGACGAAGCCAAAAGAGAGAGGAAAACAAAGUCAUAGGAAGAGACCCUGAGACCGGUGGACAGAUGCAGCUCCAGUUUUCUGAUAAUCAAGAAAAAAUAGGUGAAAAAUUUCCAAAUACAUUGUGCUAGUAUGGACAUGUAUGUUCUGUUUUGCUAAAAUGGAAGGAUUUAAAGUUCCAAUUUUCCCCCGACAUACCUUUAGCUGUGUCUCAAAGGUUUUGAUGUCACAUCUUUUUUCUUCUUUUAUUUAUUUUUAUAGCUUUUGGUUUCAAUCUUGAGUUCCUCUUUAGAGAAAUUUCAACUUCCCAAUAAAUGAAAAGAGUUUUAAAGGCAUUUCCAUUGUUGAUUUUUGUUUUGAAGGCUGGAAAAAACAAUCUUCACUUUGGGGAAUUCAUCAAAGCUUCCCUGCUUGUAACUAAUCCUGUAUAUGAUUAAUUUCUACUUUACAAGAAUAUAUGAGAAAGAUUCAUUUAUGUACUUCUAAAAUCCUUCUUAUUGUUACUUUAACUAUCUUGAACUAUCAACUUUUGAAAAAAAAUAUUUUUAAACAUCAAACAAUAAACACGGUCUUGUUUA